UCUUGAAUUUGGUUCGUUCUUCAGAAAAGGGAGAACUGGGGAGGGGUAGAGAGGAUAAAUUGCAGCGUCUCCUUGCCUGAGCUCAGACUUGAGCUCUUCCAAAGAGGCAGAGCAGCAUCCUGCAAGGAAGAGCCCUCCCAGAGCCACCAUGCUCACUGCAAGGACAGUCCUGCUGGUCGUGGUGCUCCUCACUCUCUCCCCAUGCUCCAAUGCUGCUCCUUACAUUCCGUCCGAGUGCUGCUUCGGCUACGUAAAGGGCUGUCUCCGGCUGGCCAACCUCGUGGGUUUCUACUCAACUCCCAGGGAAUGUUUUUCCCCAGCAAUUGUGUUUGAGACCAAGAAAGGAGUCAAGCUCUGUGCAAACCCAAAGGAGAAGUGGGUGCAGAAAGCAGUUCAAGAACUAAAAAAGAAAGUACUUCGUGCCUCGCACGGCGAGAGCCACAGCCACAGCCACCGGGCAGGGCGGCACAGAGGACGGAGGAAGAGCCACCUCACAGCCACCAUGCUCCCUGCAAGGACUGUCCUGCUGCUCACUCUGCUCCUCACCUUCUCCCUGCACCACAGCACAGCCCACUUCACACCCGUGGAAUGCUGCUUUGAGCACGCACAGAAACCCAUCCGACACCCUCAAAGCUUCUACGAGACAUCCAAAGACUGUCCCAAGCCUGCAGUUGUGUUUCUGACUGCAAGUGGUGAUGAGAUUUGUGCUGACCCCGAGAAGCAAUGGGUGAAGAAAGCCAUAAAACGGCUUCAAAGGAAAAUUUGAAAUCCAUCUGCCAUCUGACUCACCCAUCCAGUCCUCCUGUCUCUGGAUGGAGCCAACGGUGCUUGCAGCUCUUCUCCAAAGGAUGCUGUGGCAGUGGGCACCAUCACUGCAGGAGGAGCCAUCCUGUACCCCAGUGGGAUGAGGUGUCACAGUGCCAUGGAGCAGCCAGCUACCGAGCUCCUCCUGCUGUCACUGCCCUGCCAAGAUGUGCCUGUGGGGCAAAUAUUUAUAAUAAAGACUCAUUGCUGCAA